GCUCUGGGUUCCGGGACAGCCCUGGCGUCUGGCAGGGAGAGACAUGCUGUUUUGUUUAAAUCCUCCACAUUCUUUGCCAUUUCCCCAUUGGCCGGAUGGGGCUACCCUCCCCGCCGCGGCCGCUGCUGAUGUCAGCCUGGUCGCGCUCGCUCCUCCCGCACCCACCUCCCGGCCCCAGGCACACUGCAGCUCGGCGCGGUCUCCAGACGCGGCGAGGUAGCUGCAAACUCACGGGCACGCACAGCGCUCGCAGAGCCGAGGGACUCGGGGGAGGGGACGCGCGCAAGGCGCUGGCAGCCACCCUCCGAGGUUGGAGACACCCGGGGCCCAGAGCAGGGAGAGCCCUGGCGGCCGCGGCUUCCCUUUUCUCUCCCAGCUAAGCUCUGGGGAGACUCGGGGACUGGCCCUAAAAAAGAGCAGGAAAUCUUGUUUACCGCCCGGAGAGACGAGACCAGCAAGCCUUUGUUUGGAAAGUCAGCAUCGCCGGCUCGGGCGGCAAUGUGUUCCUGGUGACAUUAGCCCAGGGUAGACGGGUCGGAGGAAAAGGGGCUCACAAGGUUCAGCUCUGCUUUCGGACGAGGAUCGAGAGGGUGACUUUUGUGCAUUUGUUUGAAUUUGUAGAAAUCUUUUUUUUUUCCCCCUCCCUCUUGCCUCUUUUGCCCGCCGCCGGGUAUGUCCUGAUCUGGUGGCCGCGCCUACCAGCCCCGGGCUGCCGAUCCGAGCUAUCUCCCUCCGGUCUCCCUUUCCUCAGUCCCUGACUUUGCAAUACCGGGAGAGCUGAUCUCCGUGAGGAAGGAGGCGGGGGAGUCACAGACACCGGGACUCGAAGCUUGACAUGCUCCGGGGCGGACCGGAGGCAGCCAGGAGCUGAGCGCACCGCCGGGGCUGCUUCGCUCACCGGCUCCCAGUGUCCUCGCCUUCCGCUGGGCGCCAACCUUGCUCAUCUGUUGGGACGCCCCCUUCUUUCCCGCGGUCCGCGGCCGGCAGGACCAUGCUGUUGAAGGAGUACCGAAUCUGCAUGCCGCUCACCGUGGACGAGUACAAAAUCGGACAGCUGUAUAUGAUCAGCAAGCACAGUCACGAGCAGAGUGACCGGGGAGAAGGGGUGGAGGUCGUGCAGAACGAGCCCUUCGAGGACCCUCACCACGGCAAUGGGCAGUUCACUGAGAAGCGAGUGUAUCUCAACAGCAAACUGCCUAGCUGGGCUAGAGCUGUUGUUCCCAAAAUAUUUUAUGUGACUGAGAAGGCUUGGAAUUAUUACCCCUAUACAAUCACAGAAUACACAUGUUCCUUUCUGCCGAAAUUCUCCAUCCAUAUAGAAACCAAGUACGAAGACAACAAAGGAAGCAACGACAGCAUUUUUGACAAUGAAGCCAAAGACUUGGAGAGAGAAGUGUGCUUUAUCGACAUAGCCUGUGAUGAAAUUCCAGAACGCUACUACAAAGAAUCUGAGGAUCCUAAACACUUCAAGUCUGAGAAGACAGGCCGGGGACAGCUAAGAGAGGGCUGGCGAGAUAGCCAUCAGCCCAUCAUGUGCUCCUACAAGCUAGUGACCGUCAAGUUCGAGGUGUGGGGCCUUCAGACCCGCGUGGAGCAAUUUGUGCACAAGGUGGUCCGAGACAUCCUGCUGAUUGGACACAGACAGGCCUUUGCGUGGGUUGAUGAGUGGUACGACAUGACGAUGGAUGAAGUGCGAGAAUUCGAACGAGCCACUCAGGAAGCCACCAACAAGAAAAUCGGCGUUUUCCCACCCGCCAUUUCGAUCUCCAGCAUGGCCCUGCUGCCUUCCUCGGUGCGCAGCGCCCCAUCCAGCGCUCCGUCCACCCCUCUCUCCACAGAUGCGCCCGAAUUUCUGUCCAUUCCCAAAGACCGGCCCCGGAAAAAAUCUGCCCCAGAGACACUCACACUUCCGGAUCCCGAGAAAAAAACCACCCUGAAUUUACCUGGUGUCCACUCUUCUGAAAAGCCAUGUCGGCCCAAAUCAGAGUAACUUCAUGUGAACAUCCCAUUGGGUUUUGUAUUUUCAUUUGAGGCUUUUUUUUUUUUUUUUUUUUUUUUU